AUUACAUGACGAGAGAAACAGAGAAAAAGUUUGACAGUUUUUGUUCCACUGAAUUGUCUGAAACAAUCAAUAAAUUCAUUGUGAAGUAUUUUGUAGGUGAUAUUCUAGUCAGUAAAGAGGAACAUCAACAGUUCUUGACAGGUGUUCAGUGGACUGUUCAGAUGAUGUCAUGGACUCCACAAAGGAUCUCAGUGGACAGACAGACACAGGGAAGGUCAAGAGUCACUCGCAACAUGUUGAAGUCCAAAACACUUUCAAAUUCAAUCUGCUGAAGAAGUUUCAGUGUUUGUGUGAGGGAACAGCAAAGCAGGGAAACCCAACACUCCUGAAUGAGAUCUACACAGAGCUCUACAUCACAGAUAGUGAAAGAGGAAUCAAUAAUGAACAAGAGGUGAGACAGAUUGAGAAACAGUCCAGAAGAGCAGCAACAGAGGACACACCAAUCAAAUGCAAUGACAUCUUCAAACCUUUACCUGGACAAGACAAACCCAUCAGAACUGUGCUGACAAAGGGAGUCGCUGGCAUUGGAAAAACAGUCUCUGUGCAGAAGUUCAUUGUGGACUGGGCUGAAGGGAAAGCCAAUCAGGACGUCCACCUCAUAUUUCCACUUCCAUUCAGAGAACUCAAUUUGAUGAAGGACAAAAAACUCAGUCUUUCAGAUCUUCUUCAGGUUUUCUUCAGUGAAACAAAAGAAAUGGAAAUAUCCAGAGAUGAAUAUAAAGUUUCCUUCAUCUUUGAUGGUUUGGAUGAGUGUCGUCUGUCUCUGGAUUUUCAGAGCAAUGUGAGAUUGUGUGAUGUCACUGAAUCAGUCUCAGUGGAUGUGCUGCUGACAAACCUCAUCAAGGGGAAUCUGCUUCCCUCUGCUCUCAUCUGGAUCACCUCCAGACCAGCAGCAGCUGAUCUCAUCCCCUCUGAGUGUGUUGAUCGAGUGACAGAGGUACGAGGAUUCAAUGACUCACAGAAGGAGGAAUACUUCAGGAAGAGAAUCAGAGAUCAGAGUCUGGCCAACAGAAUCUUCACACACCUGAAGUCAUCAAGGAGCCUCUUCAUCAUGUGUCACAUCCCAGUGUUCUGCUGGAUUUCAGCCACUGUUCUAGAGACAAUGUUGAGUGAAACAGAGAGAGGAGCGAUCCCCAAGACACUCACUCAAAUGUACACACACUUCCUGAUCAUUCAGACAAACAUCAAACAUGAGAAGAACUAUGAGAAGAAAAGUAAAGACAGAGACAUGAUCCUCAAACUGGGGACACUGGCUUUUGAGCAGCUUAUGAAAGGCAAUCUUAUCUUCUAUGAGGAAGACUUGAGAGAGUGUGACAUUGAUAUGACAGAAGCAUCAGUGUACUCGGGAUUGUGCACUCAGAUCUUCAGAGAGGAUUUUGGGUUGUAUCAGGGGAAAGUGAUCUGCUUUGUUCAUCUGAGCAUUCAGGAACAUCUAGCAGCUCUAUAUGUGCACCUCUCCUUUACAAACAACAACAAGAAUGUGUUUAAACAAAUCACCAAACAAAGACAGUUAAAGUUGAUUAAACAGAAUUCAUCAGAACAGGUUUCUAUGUUUGACCUGCAUCAGACAGCUGUGAAUGAGACUUUACAGAGUAAGAAUGGACAUCUGGACCUUUUCCUUCGUUUCUUUCUGGGUCUCUCAUUGGAGUCUAAUCACACUCUCUUACAAGAACUGCCGACACAGACAGGAAGCUGCUCCUACAACAAAGAGGAAACGGUGAAAUACAUCAAGCAGAAAAUCAGCGAGACUCACUCUCCAGAGAAAUCUAUAAAUCUGUUUCACUGUCUGAAUGAACUGGAUGAUGAUUCACUUUUGAAGGAGAUCCAAGAUUAUCUGAAAUCUGGAAAUAUAAAAGAAACAAAACUCUCCUCUUCACACUGGUCAGCUGUGGUGUUUGUGUUGUUGACCUCAGAGCAGAAGAUGGAUGAGUUUGAUCUGAAACAGUUUAUAGGAGCACAUAAUAAAGCAGAUGAAGUUCUUCAGUAUCUGCUGCCUGUGAUUAAAGAAUCCAGAUCAGUUCAGUUGAGUGAUUGUGAUGUCACAGAUGAAGGUUGUGCUACUCUGACUUCAGCUCUGAGAUCAAACCCCUCACACCUGAAAGAACUGCAUCUGUCAUGGAAUAAACUAAGAGAUUCAGGAGUGAAGCUGCUCUCUGAUGGACUGAAGAAUCCUGACUGUAAACUGGAGAUACUGGAGUUGAGUUAUUGUGAUGUCACAGAUGAAGGUUGUGCUGCUCUGACUUCAGCUCUGAGAUCAAACCCCUCACACCUGAAAGAACUGAAUCUGUCUGGGAAUAUACUAAGAGAUUCAGGAGUGAAGCUGUUCUCUGAUGUACUGAAGAAUCCUCACUGUAAACUGGAGAUACUGGAGUUGAGUGAUUGGAUGUCAGAUGAAGGUUGUGCUGCUCUGACUUCUGCUCUGAGAUCAAACUCCUCACACCUGAAAGAACUGAAUCUGUCUGUGAAUAAACUAAGAGAUUCAGGAGUGAAGCUGCUCUCUGAUGGACUGAAGAAUUCUGACUGUAAACUGGAGAUACUGAGGUUGUUUUAUUGUGAUGUCACAGAUGAUGGUUGUGCUGCUCUGAAUUCAGCUCUGAGAUCAAAUCCCUCACACCUGAAAGAACUGAAUCUGUCUGUGAAUAAAUUAAGAGAUUCAGGAGUGAAGCUGCUCUCUGAUGUACUGAAGAAUCCUGACUGUAAACUUGAGAUACUGUGGUUGUUUGAUUGUGAUGUCACAGAUGAAGGUUGUGCUGCUCUGACUUCAGCUCUGAGAUCAAACCCCUCACACCUGAGAAAACUGUAUCUGUCUGAUAAUAAACUAAGAGAUUCAGGAGUGAAGCUGCUCUCUGAUGUACUGAAGAAUCCUGACUGUAAACUGGAGAUACUGGAGUUGAGUGAUUGUGAUGUCACAGAUGAAGGUUGUUCUGCUCUGACUUCAGCUCUGAGAUCAAACCCCUCACACCUGAAAGAACUGUAUCUGUUUGGGAAUAAACAAAGAGAUUCAGGAGUGAAGCUGCUCUCUGAUCUAAAAGAUGAUCCACAUUAUAAACUGGAGACACUGCGGUUUUAGAUGGACGUCUCUUUGAGAACUGAUUGUGAACAGAAAUGAUUGUGAAGAAAACAGAGAUGUCACAGUCAACAGAAUCAACAGAGACAAACUGACCUGACACACUGAUGUGUGUAACUUUACAUAAUUAUUCAUAAUACCUGAUGAAGUGACAGUGAAACAAUGAAACCUUUUGUUUCUUCCUCAAGUGACCUUUAUGGGUCAAAGACAAAUAAAGAUGUCUAAAUUAUAAAAUGGGAAAAUCUUUUAAAACUUCAGUUUAAAACACAUGUAUAAAUUUGUAUAAAUGUAAUCUUUGUAUACAUAUUAGGUUUGAACAAUACUUUGACCUUUUAAUUUUUUCAAUAACAAUAAAAGAUUAAAACUAUUAUACACACAUUUCAAGCUUUUAAUGAGACUUAUUUACUUGUUUACAAUCUCCAAACAGUUACACCACUUAGACAUUUUUUACUUUAAAAAAAUAUCAAAAUGUCUUUGAAUUCAGAAAGGUAAAAUGUUUAUCAUAAAAGAGGUGCGUUCAAGUAUUUUGUGUGUGAAAGGUAUCUUUGAGUAACUUGAUAGAUCUGUUGGGGGGGUGAUUAAAAUCAACAAACUGAUGUUUCCUGCAGGUCAUUUCUCAUGUCUGUAAUCUGAUCUCAUAUGGAAUGGCUAAUGUAUUUGUUUGUCUUCAGUAUCAGAAGCUUUUGUAUGUAGUUUUGAGGUAAUCUGAUUUUGUUGAGUCCCUAAACACACAACAUAGAUGAAGAAUGAGAAGAAAUUAACAUUCAAAUUAAUGAAAGAUCUUCACUGACACUGUUCAUGAUUUUAAUGUAAUUCAUUUUACAGUCACAGGUGUGUGUUUGAACAGAAAAUUAGAUAAAA